AGCCUUCGGCUCAAGCGCAGGCUCGCCAUGAUGUUCGCGUCGGGGUGUGGCGCUGGCGCCGGCUGUGUCAUCGGUGCCCAGGUAUUCUGGAGCAGAUGCCGGGAGCGCGCGUUCUGGAGUGUGUCUGACCGCAACACUGGCGCGCAGCGGCGCAGCUACUGCCCGAUCGAUCUCGACAUGUCGAUCGACGCCCCAGUGGGUGAUUAUGAGACUGAACUCCUCAGCAAGGCGACGUCGACAAUCGAGCGCGGGUUCUUCACCCUCAAGUCGGGGAUGAACAUUUUCUACCAGCUCACUGUUCCCCAGGGCGAGCCGACGGCCGCCGUGGUACUCGUGCAUGGGUACUCCGACCACUGCGACUACAUUCUCGGCUCGCGGGCGAAGAUCCUCGCGUCGCUCGGCUUCGCGGUCGCGAGCUUCGACCUCCCUGGCCACGGGCGCUCCGACGGCGAGUAUAUCGUUAUCGACAAGUGGGUCGACUUUGUCGAGGUCGCGCGCCAGAUCGUUGCUGACCACAUCCAGCCGUUCCUCACCGCGCGCUUCGGCAAGCUGCGCUGCUUCGGGAUCGGCGAGUCCUUGGGCGGCGGCUUGGCCUUCGCCCUCCAGCAGCUUUCCGCAGAGAAGGGUCUGCCGAAGCCUUUCGACGGCAUCGUGCUGGUUGCUCCAAUGCUCGGCAUUUCGAAGAACAUCUACCCGCCCUGGAUCGUCGUGCAAAUCUUCAAGCGCAUCCUGGUGCCCAUCCUGCCAAGGUGGCCCGUGGCCCCCAAUAAGGACAUCGGUGACCGCUGCUGGGAGAACCCUGCCGUGCACGAGCGGGUUCUGACGGCAGCGUCGAACACCUACCUUGUGCACCAUGGUCAGCCGCGCCUUGGCACUGCCUACCAGAUGGCAUUCGUCGCUGGGGAAUGGAUGGAGGAGCGCGUCAAGCUCUUCGACACGCCGCUACUUCUCUUCCACGGUGCCAAGGAUGAGGUGACGGAUCCAGACGUCUCGAGGCGCUUCUUCGACGACGUCGCCUCUCAGGACAAGGACAUCCGCAUGCCGCCGAACGCCUGGCAUGCCGACUGCCUCGGCGGCGGCAUCCAGGGUGACGAUAAGCGCGGCGAGGAGCGGCGCGAGAGCUGGGUACUGCUCACCCGUUGGAUGAGAGAGCGUGCGUGAAGCGAGGAGCGGCGCCAGCGCUGGGCGCUGCCCAGCCGCUGGAUGCGCAUGGAGCACGGACGCGCCUCAGGGAGCGCAAACUCCGUAUUCGCAGCAGCCGAUCGCCCGCCACACCCUGGCGCCCCCGUCUCCCGUCCCAAGUCUCCCAUCCCCGUCCCUCGUCCGUCCCCCAUUCCCAGUCCUUGGUCCCCCGUCUCUGAUUCCCC